AAUUAAAUGUUUUAUAACUAGGGUGUGUUUAAAUACCCCCUGUUAGCUGUGACAUUUCUAAAGGAUCUCUCAGUAUAAUCUUAAUAGAGAUGUCACAGAUACAGUAGUAGGAGCUGACAAAGACGACUUGGUCAUGUGAAUAGAAUUGUGAAAGAUUCCACCUGCAAAUAAUUCCACAGUUUCCAUGAUUUUGUCUCUCGGGGACAGUGGAAUGGGGCUGCAAGUCACGGUUCUUAGUAGCCGAGGAUAUUAGCAUUAACCGCACACCAAGUGGGAGAGCUGUGUUAAUCCUGCUGUCAUUUGCUGUUUAGGCAGCAGUGUAAGUGCACAGACUCGCAGAGUAAAAACGGCAGAUCUAUGGUUGGAAUUGAGCAGCUUCUUCGCCAAUGCAAAAGGAAAUAUGCAGCGCAGUUUUGCCUUCUUCUGCACCAGCUUUCUGGGGGUGGUUUUAGGUGUAAAUUUUCCAAAUAAUAUUAAUAUAGGGGGUUUAUUUCCCUCCGAUUCCCACGAACAUGCUGCCUUUCGGUUUGCAAUGUUUCACCACAAAGACGUUCCGAAACUGCAGCCCCAGGUGGAUAUGGUCGAUAUCAAUAACAGCUUUGCAAUGACAUAUGCUUUUUGUUCGCAGUUUUCAAAAGGAGUCUACGCCAUCAUUGGAUUGUAUGACAAAAAGACUGUAAACAUGCUCAUGUCCUUCUGCGGAGCCCUGCACGUGUGCUUUAUUACACCAAGUUUUCCCAUCGAAACGUCAAACCAGUUUGUCAUGCAGUUACGGCCGGAGUUACAGGAUGCCCUCGUCAGCGUAAUAGAUCAUUACAAAUGGACAAAAUUUGUGUAUGUUUACGAUGCAGAGGCAGGACUGACGGUUCUACAGAAAGUGCUGGACACUGCUGCAGAAAUGAACUGGCAGGUCACCUCCGUGAACGUGGAAACCACCACCGAGGACGGCUACAGGAAACUCUUUCAAGAUCUGGACAAGAAAAAGGAGAGGCAGAUUGUCCUCGACUGUGAGCUGGAUAGACUCAACGCUAUUUUAAACUUGAUCAUCAGCUUAGGAAAGCAUGUGAAAAGCUACCACUACAUCUUGGCCAACUUGGGAUUCAUGGACAUUGACUUGAAUCAGUUCAAGCACGGCGGGGCCAAUGUAACUGGGUUUCAAGUGAUGAAUUACACAGACUGGAAUGUCAACAGGAUCAUGCAGCAGUGGCUGGAGUUUGAUAGCAGAGAGCAUCCCAGGGAACCCCGGAAGAGGCUCAAGUAUACAGGAGCGCUUACCUUUGACGGUGUCAAAGUCAUGUCUGAGGCCUUUCAGAACUUAAGGAAGCAGCGAAUUGAUAUUUCUCGAAGAGGGAACGCUGGUGACUGUCUUGCCAACCCUCCUGCACCGUGGGGCCAGGGGAUAGACAUUCAGAGAGCACUGCAGCAGGUUCAUAUAGAAGGCAUGACUGGAAAUAUUCAGUUUAACGAGAAAGGACAUCGCACCAAUUAUACCAUCCAUGUGAUGGAGUUGGCACCUAUUGGCGCUAAGAGGGUCGGAUAUUGGAAUGAAGACGAUAAGUUUGUGAGCACAGAGACAGACUCCCAUGCAGGAAAUGAAUCUAUUGGGUUACAAAAUAGGACCUACAUCGUAACGACGAUUCUAGAAGCUCCCUAUGUAAUGCUGAAGAAGAACCAUGAGCAGUAUGAAGGCAAUGAGAAGUAUGAAGGCUACUGUGUGGAGCUGGCAGCAGAAAUUGCCAAGCAUGUUGGCUACAAAUACAGACUAGAAAUUGUACCAGAUGGGAAAUAUGGAGCCAGAGACCCAGACAAUAAAGUGUGGAAUGGCAUGGUGGGAGAGCUGGUUUAUGGUAGAGCAGAUGUUGCAGUUGCACCCUUGACCAUCACGUUGGUAAGAGAAGAGGUAAUUGACUUCUCCAAGCCAUUCAUGAGCCUGGGUAUUUCAAUCAUGAUCAAGAAGCCUCAGAAGUCUAAGCCAGGGGUGUUUUCCUUCCUGGACCCCUUAGCCUAUGAAAUUUGGAUGUGCAUCGUCUUUGCCUACAUUGGCGUCAGUGUAGUGCUCUUCCUGGUCAGCCGUUUCAGCCCCUACGAGUGGCACUGUGAGGAGAUUGAGGAAGGGCAGGAUCAGCAGCAGCAGCAGCAGCAGAGCCAGGAGCAGCAAACCAACGAGUUUGGGAUAUUUAAUAGUCUCUGGUUCUCCCUGGGGGCCUUUAUGCAGCAAGGAUGCGAUAUUUCGCCAAGAUCCCUCUCAGGUCGCAUCGUUGGAGGCGUGUGGUGGUUCUUCACCUUGAUCAUAAUCUCAUCCUACACGGCCAACUUGGCUGCCUUCCUGACGGUGGAGAGGAUGGUCUCCCCAAUCGAGAGUGCCGAGGACCUUGCCAAACAGACUGAUAUUGCAUACGGAACUCUAGAUGGCGGAUCCACAAAGGAAUUCUUUAGGAGGUCCAAAAUAGCAGUGUUUGAAAAGAUGUGGUCAUACAUGAAGUCUGCAGAGCCGUCGGUCUUUGUUAAGACAACGGAUGAAGGAGUAAUCCGGGUAAGAAAAUCCAAAGGAAAGUAUGCCUAUUUGCUGGAGUCCACUAUGAACGAAUACAUUGAACAGAGGAAGCCCUGUGACACCAUGAAGGUGGGAGGCAACCUGGAUUCGAAAGGAUAUGGAAUAGCGACACCCAAAGGAUCUCCAUUAAGAACUCCUGUAAAUCUAGCUGUAUUGAAACUCAAUGAACAAGGCAUCUUAGACAAGCUGAAAAACAAAUGGUGGUACGAUAAAGGGGAGUGUGGAAACAAGGACUCUGCAAGUAAGGACAAGACCAGCGCCCUGAGUCUUAGUAAUGUGGCUGGAGUCUUCUACAUCCUUAUUGGUGGGCUGGGACUAGCCAUGCUGGUCGCCUUGGUUGAAUUCUGUUACAAGUCACGAAGCGAGUCAAGGCGAAUGAAGCAAAACAUCAAUGAAGCUAUGAGGAGUUCUACACUAACCAGAAUGAGUGGAACAGGGAGCGGGGGUGAGAAUGGGAGGAUAAUGAGCCACGAUUUUCCAACAUCAAUGCAGACACUGCCUUGCAUGAGCCACACUGCUGGGAUGGGACUAAGUGCUACUGGACUGUAACAUGGAUGAACAGGACAGCAAACUGGGUUUUCUAGAAAUCUGCUGCCAAAAGGACAAUAGGCUUAUUUAAAAAAAAAAAAAAAAAAAAAAAAAAAAAAAUACAUUAAAAAGUACUAAGAACUUAAAAGAUUUAAUUUUCUAAACGAAAAUGUUUGUUUUAAAACGAUCAUGCUCUGCAAUAAAGAAGACAACUGGACUAGGUGUACAUUUACAUGUGUGUCACACAAGGAAUCAAUAUGAAAUGAAGGUAGGGCUGUACCAGUUAUAUAGACUUGUUUACUUAGUCAUUGUGUGCAAUAUAUUGGUUUGUGUUGUCAGUGUUCAAUAACAUUGUCUGCCUUCUCUAAUGCUUUAUUUUACAUUUUAUUUAAAAUUUGUGAUUUUGUACAGGUUUUUUUUUUUUUUUUUUUUUUUGUAGUCAAAAUUAGUACAAACAAAUAAUAAUAGUAAUUUUAACACUCCACCAUUGAUUCCCCCAUCCUUGAUUAACUAUUUUCUUAAAGAUGGCAUUUUGCAGAACUUUAAAAUAUAGGUGGCAUAUUUUUAAGUGUCAUUAAUAACAACAUAUUAAAUCUAGGUGGCAUAUUUAAGUGUCAUUAAUAACAACAUAUUAACAUACAGUUGUUACAUAGUACUACAAUGUGUAAUUACAGUACUAAAUAAAGCUUUACUAGCUUGUUAGAACUUUUGUAUUUUAAAACAACUACACAACAGUAGUAAUUGCAUUUAGACGCUGUAAUUAAUGAUGCAUAAAACUAGAACCCUUGUAUUGCGCUUCUAUUGUCUGUCAACUGCUGGUAAUCCAGUCGUUGCAGCAUUCAAAACAGAUCUCCUUGCAUGGUAUGAUUGAGUAGUGCACUGUCGUACCACAGUGCCACCUACUGACCGAAAUCUACUGUGCUGCUGUACCUAUAGUAUAGAAUAAAUUGCGUAUUCCCAAAAAACAAUCAAGCUUAAACAGCAAACCCUCUAUUGACAUUAAUUACAUUCCAUUAACUCAAGUGCAUGAGUUAUCACUGGCCAAAGAAAGUGUUUGUCUGAGAAGAUGAAGACAAAAUAGAAUGCGUCUCCCUUGAUGGGGAGAAGUCUUAAUGAAAUGUUGGAUGGGCACAGUGCAUUGUACUGCAAGUACCUUUUUGUAUAAUCAGAUUUAAUUAGCAGUGACUAUUCUUCACUGGGACAAAUGUGAUUUGAAUUAUCCAUUAAAAAGGAGGGAACCCUAAGGAGAUUUCUUUAGAGAAGCAAUUUUUUUUGUUUUUUUUGCUGUUUUAUAAUAAGAUAAAAUGUCCUCAACUGUAUAGUAUUAUUAUUGUUUUUUUCCCAAAAGGCUGUGGUGCCAACACAAAUCAAACAGAUUGUUCAGGGCAUUUUAAAACUAUUAAAAGUGUCCGUAAAGUGACAAGUCAUAAGACGGGACAUUAAGGGACAGUCUGAACAUUUACUGCUUUAGAGUUGUGCGCUGUUUUUAAAGGCUACCUCGAUAGUCAAUCAACUUAUUUGAUAGAAAUAAUCAACUUAUUUGCCUGACAUUCCCAGCUAAAAGAACAUUGCUAGUGCUGCUACCAGUAACAGCCCUUAUUAAUAAGCUUUUUUUUUGUUGUUGUUGUUUUUUCCCCCAGUCUCAUCAUUAGACACCCUGUCCGGAUUUAGAAUCCCUGCUGCUACAUAACAAGUCCUAGGUUGAGUCUUUAAAACUGUCCCUUCACAUACAAAGAUGACAGAAUCUGAAGUUGAAGUAAAGUAAAUAUGUAAAAAUGGUACUAAAACCCAUCUAUAGUUUUUUUUUUUCUUGUGUUCCUGUUCUCCGCUAUCAGUAAUUGAACAUUACAAUACCUCUCUUCCAUUCACGUUCAAUGGAAUUUUAAAUACUACAAUUUCAAUUGCCAAACGUCAUAAAGGCUCCCAUUCACAGCACAGCAAAGCCUUCAUGUGCCUGAAUUAUAGUGCUGAAGGAAAGUCCACAGCAUGUUGUUAGCCAGUCUGUGAUAAUGGGCAGUAUCUAAAAGCUCAGAAACACAAGGCAUCAGUUAGCUAAUUUGUACCUGUAAUCAACCAGUAAGACAUGUAGUACAGAAACUCUGAUAUAAGGUAAUAACAGAUCAACUGAAAAAAUCUGGUUAACAUGUUUUUUAAAUGAGUGACUGUUAAAGGUCUGGAAUUCUAACGAAAUCAAUAUCCAGUCAUAAUUUGUAAUGUCUGUGGUAGUCUUUUCGUUUAGAAUCUAAUUUUAUUGCAAUAAAUUAUAAUUUGUAAGUUUUACACCAUUGUGUUUUAGAUGCUUUGUUCUGUAAAGCUGUUCGCCUGGGCCAUUUCAGUUUAAAUACAGUAUAGUAUAAUAACAUUACUAAAGCUUCUAUUGUGAGCUUCUCAAGGCCCAGUACAAUAAAAAGCUAUUGAUCUGGAUUUCAAGUAAUACACGCUCUGGAAUUGUCACAAUUGAACCGCUUACAAUAGUACCAAAAACACUGUCUUCAGGAGAACAAAAACUGUGAGAAUAAAACUAAAAUAAAAGAUUGUCUAAAUCUUUGUAUGUUACUUUCACAGCUUGACAUCGGAUUCACUCCUCUCAAAAAAGCCAGCACUAUGUUUCUAAUAUACAGUGCAUUCUAUUCAAUAUGUUAAUAUUUCAGUGUAUAAGUGUACCAUGCAACUGAAAUAUUUGAAACAAAAACCUGUACUGUUAGCUAGGGGUAUAGUGAUACAUUAAUGUCACAAUAGGAUACAUGUCGCAAUUGGCAAGUCACAAUACAAUACGUAUCAUGAUACAAAUGAUGCAUAUUUCAAUACAAUAUAUCAUGUAAAGAAAGCAUGACAAAUCGUUACACCUCCUCUGUUUGCAGUCUUUGUAUUUAGGUGACUCUUAAUUUAGCAUGUCUUUCAAAACAUUAAAAGUGUCUUGUGUGAGAGAUUUACAGCUUGUGUGUCUCUCUCUAUAGACAUAAACACUUUCCCUUUAUAGCGGAGCUACAACAAAAGGCAGGCAGUUUAUCAGUCUUAUCGAAUCAAAAAAAAAAAAAAAAAACAUUUCUAGAGCUGCAGCUUCACAAAGCAAAUAAUCUCUGCCUCCAGAUCAAUUGUAGGCAUCAUAUUACUAUUGAAUAGUAUAACAGAAGCUUGUUGAGCUAGUUUCUGUUGGGGUCACAACAGAUGCUCAGUGAGAGACAGGGGCAGUCCUUAUUCUUGGAACAACUGCAGCAGUCCAUGAAUUCCACGAAUAUCCUCUAUAAAUACAAUUUAAGAUGAAACAGAUUAUUUUACCUCUGUAUUUUUAGCAUUACCCACGCAUGUUUUCUGUUCAUCCGCAUUGAAAAUGCCGCCUUUUAAAUGGAGACACUCCUUUGAAUCAAUUAUUAUCCGAAGACACAAGUGGAUAAGCUGUUUUUGCCCUUAGACCAGCUGGUGUUUGUGAUUUGUUUUUCUGUGACCAUCAAUGUGUGGAAACUCAGUUUGAUUUCGAAUACCCAUAGAAUAAAAAGUCCAGGAUUUGUAAUAAGCAAAGUACAAAACCAAAUUCGUUACAAAUAAAUAAAUAAAUUCAACUAAAUUUAAAUUGUCUACAUGCUUCCAGCUAUUUGCCAUAGAAUUUAAGAACAUAAUAAAGCUGCCUAGCAUUUGGUUACUAAAUGGAUCUACAACGUUGCUUGCAUACUGUAUGUAAUUUCUUUUGUUUUUUAAUGUUGAGGUUUUUAGUUGAUUAAUUUAUAUUUAUGUAAGUAAUGUAUCUUACACAUUUAUAUCUGUGUGUGAAUCCAUCACGGGUUGUAGUGAUUUUGUAAUAUCUACUAAACUAAGUUGCUUGCUAUUAGUGUACAUGACCUUUGUGUUUUGUUUUGAUGUUUAACUGUCAAAACUCUACUUUUGGAUCUGAUCCUCCUGUGAGCUCAUCCACCAAACAGCAUCCUUACACAGUGUCCUUCAGCACAUCACUGGGCUGCUUCUAACCAUGCCACUGGAACAACACAGCAGGCCAUCCCCGCAAAGCAGUGUUAUUUACAAGAGGAAUAGAGUCAGAGAACUUUAUCCGAUCUUUAGAGGCAGGUUGACUACAAAACUGAGUGUUUCCGGAUCACACUUCACAAACUGCACCACAUCUAUGUCAGGUUAAUGUUUACCAUUAUGUGUAAAGCUUUUGCUACUGUUUCAUCGUCGUCUGUCAAAAAAUGCCAAAUUAAACAUGAUGGAAACUUCCAGGAUUAUAGACCUUAGAUUCUGCAUCCAGAAAAAAAUAAAGAUAAAGGUUUUAUAAAACAAAGAAUAUUUGUACAUUAAAAAACACUAUUUAAGAUAUUCAGUUCUGGUGUGAAAGAAAACUCUUAUGUGCAUAAUGGUGUCAGAUUAAAAUGGAGAUGUUGUAAAAUCCAAUACAGUAACAUAGUUUUACUUUAAUCUUUGUGUUAGGUUACUAAUUGAUGAAAAGUGUAUUAUUUUGCUCUAACACUGUAUUAUGUGUUUAUUAGGUUCUGUUAUACUACAGCACUAUGGCAUUCUCGUUUGUUCAUUUCAACUCUACCUUUCCUAUAUUUUCAAAAGAGAUGUGACUUGAGGUUCUUCCUGAUGAUAAAUCAAUAAUUAAUCAAUAAAUAAAUGAAACUUUUUCUGA